CGCCCACAUUCAGUGCCUUAUCAGAACUCAACUCCCUCAAGCACUACCAAACAUUCCAGAUACGCUACACAUUUAAUCCACCUAAUAUCUACUUCUGCUUCCACUUCUAACAACAACAACAACAACAACAACAACAACAACAACAACAAUAACAAAACCACCACAAUGCAGCUCCCCACCCUCCUCACCACAUUCCUUAUCGCAAGCACCACCACCGCCUUCCCCACCGUUAAGAGAGAGACCCUCCAACCCCUCCAAAUCACCGACCUCACCGCCCGCACCCUCUCCGACCUCGACUUCGGCCUCUUCAACAUGACCCUCUCCGACCCCAACACCAACUCUCCUCCCACAAUCUGCAACGUGAAUUGGCACCCCACCCAACCCGUCCCCGUCGCCACGACCGUGAAAUGCUACAACCCCGCCUACGAAGUCAGCUUCCCCGAGGGACUGGGCAGCCACAUCGACCGCUUCACUUUGCGCGUGCAGACGACCAAUUCCAGUGAGGUGGCCGAGCAAGGGGAGGUGCGGUUGGACGCUUCCACGGAUGCGCACUGGGUGUGCCGGAACCGCACGACGGAGUACAUCAAGAUGCAGUGUGCUUAUUCGGGGGUGUUGGAGGUUCCGCUGUAGCUUCGUCCGGGGAGAGGAUUGUUGAGGGGGUGGUUACGGCUUACGGAUAAUUGAUGGGGUUUAUGAGUUACGAGGCACGAGAAUUGUUUUUGUAAGGUUCAUUAGAUUGCACUAGACUCCGGUAUCGCAUUAAGUGACUGUUUGAUAUACCUGCGCAUGGAAUAAGAAAGGGGUUGUGAUCGUUGAGCUGCAGCCGAGGCUACAGGGAUAGGGGUAAGCUGGGCUAGACACCCGCCGACUUCUUCUUCGGCCACUGCCACGUCCAAUUGCGAAUAUAGUC